GAAAGGAGCGUCCCUCCACGGACGCGCGUGCUGCUGUACUAUUGUCCGGUGCGUGCAGAUGGUUCUCGGGUUUGAUGGCUUCAGGGAAAUGGAAUUUCUAAAUUCCAAGCUCAGUUCGGUGAUUCGGGACAUACUAAAUAAGCGUUCAAUGUAAUAGUUGACACGUCUGCUGCAGACCUCUGACUUCCCAACAACCCAAAGAGGUGCCAAAGAAGUGUGCGCGGACAAACAAGCAGUGCGCGUUUUUCCCUCUGUCUCUCUGAGUCAAGUAUUUGGAUUUGACAAAUCAAAAUAUUUAAGCCAUUUUCAUAGCUGGUUGGUUUUACUUUUAAAUCUUGAGAUUUUAGAUUUUUCUUCUCAAUAAAACACUCUUACUUAGUCACUUACAUGGGAUUACGACCUCUCAUCAAUGAAGUCCGGCAUCAGUUUUAAACCGAUUUUUCUCUUUUAGAAGAACAGGCAGGUGACCGACGAGUUUAAGAUGACAUAUUUGAUUGUUUUUAUUCUGUCAUUAUCAACGUGUCUGUCUGUGGUGAGUGGAAGGCAUCCAACAUGUAAUUUCCUCCUGGAGCUUGAAACAGACCAGGAAGAAUGUCUUGUGAAGCUGAGGGACGAAGAAUCUUCAAAUUACUCCAAAGGAGUGGGAUGCAAAGCGAUCUGGGAUAACAUAGCAUGUUGGGACCGUGCAGAGGUUGGAGAGACUGUCACUAGAGAGUGCCCCAGAGUGCUCAAGAUGUUUUUUGGCAGAAAUGGAAACAUAAACAAGAACUGUACAGCGGACGGAUGGUCUGAUGUUUUCCCCAACAUCAGCAGUGUGUGUGGGGCAGAAGAAAAGCAUGAUAAGCUUGUCUUCUUUACGGUGGUGAAGACUCUGUAUACGCUGGGCCACAGUUUGUCUUUGAUCGCCCUCACAACCGGGAGCGCCAUUCUCUGUCUAUUCAGAAAACUCCACUGCACGCGGAACUACAUUCACCUCAACCUGUUCUUUUCCUUCAUCCUGAGAGCGGUGGCAGUCCUUGUGAAGGACGACAUCCUCUUCUCUCGCAAUCAGUGCUCUGAGCAGCCUUCACUGAUUGGAUGCAAGGCGAGCCUGGUGAUUUUUCAAUACUUUAUCAUGGCCAACUUCUUCUGGUUGCUGGUCGAGGGCCUCUACCUCCAUACGCUCCUGAUUGUCAUCUUCUCUGAAAAUAGACACUUCAUUGUUUAUCUUCUCAUCGGCUGGGGAUUCCCAACCGUGUUUGUUUCUGCAUGGGCUAUAACAAGGGUUUAUUUUGAGGAUACUGGAUGCUGGGAACAGAAUGAUAACCCAAUCCCCAAGUGGGUGAUCAAUGUACCUAUAGGCUUCUCCAUCAUGGUGAACUUCCUCCUGUUCAUCAGUAUUAUAAGGAUUCUGGUUCAGAAGCUGAGGUGUCCUGAUGUGGGUGGCAACGACCAGUCACAAUACAGGAGGUUGGCCAAAUCCACUCUGCUGCUGAUCCCCCUGUUUGGCAUCCAUUACGUUGUCUUUGUGUCUCUCAAUGAAUCCAUGGAAAAUUAUAAAAUCUUCUUUGACCUUGCUAUCGGAUCCUUUCAGGGCCUGGUGGUUGCCAUCCUGUACUGUUUCUUAAACAGUGAGGUUCAAGGGGAACUCAAGAGAAAAUGGCGGAGUAUAUGCCUCAACUGCCAUAUGGCCCGAAACUACACCCAGCACAACACCUACGCCUCCAGAAACGGCUCAGAGAACAUGGCUCAGUUCCAACGUAAUUCUCGUGCUCAGUCCUUCCUGCAGUCAGAGACCACUGUAGUGUGAGGGCUGCGUGUAAAAGAGGGAUCGUCUCCAUUAAAACGCUCUGGAACUCUGGUAUUGGCCUAAAUACACACUACAGCACACACAGCCUACAGUUGUGGGCACUAAAAAGUUAGCUUGGACCACGGUAUUGGCAGAACAAUUGGCAUAAUGGCACUCUAGGAUCUUCUAAUGAGUUUGUCACUAAAACCUGGAUCCCGGUACAGGGUUUGAAUUUAUUUAUUUUUUAUGGCAGAUGGCGUAACAGGGUAUUUUUGAACAAAUAUGAAUCAAUUGGGCUAUGCUGCGUUAAUGUCAAUAUUUGUAAUAAUUGGUUUAAGUAAACAUUUUCAUUACUGGAUGCCAAGGAGAAGUGCUCUGCAUGGCUCUUAAAUCUUUAUCUCUCUCUCCCUCUCCCUGUAGUAAAAUGGAUUUCACUCUGUGGUUAACGACCAGAGAUGCCUCUGCCUAUACGCCCACGGUUCCAGGGCCACUAAGGUGUCCCCAACCCAAAAAGGAAAAAAACGAAGGAACUCAGUCGGGGUUUCAACUUACUGUUGAGAGUUACAAAGUAGAAUACACAAGUUGCAAUUUAGAAAUAUGGUCAUGCAUUGCAGUUUGCCACUUGUCAUGUCAGUCACUGACAGUCACUCAAUUAGCCCAGCUAUGUCAGCUCAAUUCUUUAGAUAGCUGGGUAGACUACCUUUCUCAGCAAUCUAAACCCUGUAGUAAUCAUCACCAAAUGACAGACUGGGCAUGGAGUGUGCCGAAG